CAGUGCUCUGUGUGGUGUGUCGGAGUGAAGUUACUUUUCUUGUCCCAUUAUGCUGUAGUGAACGUUUCAAGCACAACGUUAUAGUAAUAAAAAGAAGUGUUAAUCUUGUUUUUUAGACCAAUUAGCUACAUAUAUUUGUUAAUUUUACCAAAGAUUUGUAUGGUUUUUAAUAUUUUAUCUCAUUUUUUAUCUCUUGUGUGUUCCAAUAUUCACUUAAUUUACAUAUUUUAUACAUCUUUAAUAUUUUUUAUAUGAUUAUAUUCAUAUUAAUUUGUUGAAUUAAAGACUGAUUUAUUGGGAAAAACCCUUAAAAAUAUAUGUAUGUGUGAAUAGUGUUUUAAAAAUUUCUCUAAAGCAAAAAAAUAUGUCCAUGCGUACAAGAUGGAAAUGAUGGAUAAUUGGUAAAUGGUGUGAAUAAAAUUAAGCACUUUAUUAUACCGAGUAUACAGUGUAUUAAAUUGAUAAAGUGAUAUACUGAAGUACAUUUCUACAUGUGUAUACAGUGUAGUCACACAAUGGUGUGCAUUUCAGCCAAGUAAACAUACACUGUUUUGUUGUUUGUGUGAAUUAAAUAGAAAUAUAAAAUGGCUGAGCUUUUCAUCGACGACUAUAUAUUAUUCCAGGUUGCAUUGACACCUUGUACAGUAAAACUUAUUUGAAGCAAUAUUGAAGAGAAAAAAAAUCUCAAAAAACUAAACAUAAAACAUGUUCUAAAUGUGAAUUGUUGUUAGUGUGUAAAUGUGGCAGUAAAAAAAAUUUGUGAAAUGAGAUUCACAUGUCCUCAGUGGGGGGAGACUGACGUCCAAAGAAAAUACUCAAACUCUGGAUGGUCAUAUCCAACAAAUCCGUAUAAGAAUUAUGGAAUGAAAAUGACAGUUGGAAAUAGUAAUAUGACACAACGUGCACACAGAAAAGUAUUGAGAAUACCUUCAAAGAGAUAUCCUGGGAAAGCACUGCCAGGAAAAUUGCAUUCUAUGACAAGGAUAGGACCAGGGAAAAUUAUUAAAAGUCAUCCUGGUAAGAGAAUUAUUCAGCGGCAAACACCACCACCUUGUGAUAAUUCAAAUGACAGUGGAUUAGGGUUUGAUCAUCACGAGAUGCAGUACUCAAUUAGCAUGAGAAAUGCCCAAAAUUCUAGAUCGAGUGUAAAUGGUAAUGGAAAUGAAGAUGAUGGGAAAAAGAGAGAAAAUGCCCCCAAAAAGGCAACAGCGACUAAACGACGAAAAGUUAACAAAGACAAGGUUAAUGUGGAUGACGAUACGUGCAGCAAUGAUGCAUUCGCUUUUGCUAAGAGCGCAACAAAAGCCGAUAAAACACCAACAUCUUCCAAUAUAUGUGUUAAAAAUUCAUCAAAUCCUCCCCCUCACAACAAUAAGUUAAUGGCAGCACCACGUCAUGGGAUUUCGCGACCCCUUGUUAGGCGUACGAUGGGUCCUGUGAAUUUGCAAUCUCAAAUUGGUGGUAUAUCGAAGAAUGGUCAGUAUCAGCUACAGAUACUGGCACAGCCGGAGCAACAGCACCGGGCACGGUAUCAAACAGAAGGUAGCCGUGGUGCUGUGAAGGAUCGCAGUGGAAAUGGGUUUCCAAUUGUGAAAUUGGUGGGAUAUGAGAAGCCGAGUGUGCUUCAGGUGUUCAUUGGUACGGAUGUUGAUCGCGUGGCACCGCACAUGUUCUACCAAGCAUGCAAGGUAUCGGGGAAAAACUCAACGCCGUGUGUGGAGAAAAAAGUCGAUGGUACAAUGGUGAUUGAGUUGGAAUUGAAGCCAGAACAAGAUAUGACGGUAACGUGCGACUGUGUUGGGAUACUCAAGGAGCGCAAUGUUGAUGUUGAGCACAGAUUCCCGGAUCAAUCGACACCGCGGAGUAAGAAGAAAUCCACACGAUGCCGUAUGGUGUUCAGAACAAUUAUUACGCAUGAAGAUGGUACGACAGAAACAUUGCAAGUUUGUUCCCAACAAAUUAUUUGUACUCAACCACCGGGAGUUCCAGAAAUUUGCCGAAAGUCUCUCACGUCAUGUCCAGCAUCUGGAGGACUGGAGCUUUUUGUAAUUGGUAAAAAUUUCUCGAAAGAUACUCGUGUUGUUUUUCAAACACAGAAACAUUCAUCUGGGGAAAUAAUAUGGCAAGAAAUGGUUGUUCCGGAUAAAGAGUAUUUACAACAGACUCAUCUGAUCUGUACUGUGCCGCCGUAUAUGACAACCGAGUUACCAGAACCGGUAAACGUUCACUUGUUCAUUGCAGCAAGUGGUAAAAAAAGUGAAUCCCAUAAUUUUAUGUAUACACCGAAUACUACAAGUGUUGGAACACUUGCAGCUGCCACAACGCGUUCAUUAUCCCAGCAGCAAGAUGUACGAUAUGACGAGCAGAACAGUAAGAAUGGUGUUUGCCCGGUGAUGCUCUGGAAUGCAGCAAGUAUUGAACCGAAGAAUGAGAUUGAUUCAGGGAUGAUGCCACCACCAACAACGCUACCACUUAGUGUGAGACGACCCUCAUCUACGGGCGCCAUUCUACCGGAUUCGUUGUCGCCAUCGGGUGUUGUGACAAAUCUCAAGACGGAAAUCAUUGAUGAGAAUUCCCAGAACUCCAUGGGUGCUAAUGAUGCCAAUAGCAAUGAUUACGACGGUAGAUCACCUGAUCCGCAGGCAAUGUAUACACCAAAAAUGCAUGCACCCAACAUUGAGCUAAUGGACGAAAGCUCGAAUCUAUCGAUGAUUGUCAAUGAGAACUCAAUGGACAUGAGUAGUGUUUACCCGGCAAAUGGGCAUGCACAGAGCUUGCUAAUGCCAGCGGUACAUGCAACGAAUGAGCUAUCGGCAAAAGUUGCAGCAGUUCAGCUGCAGCAAUUUGUGAAUGCUGCUGGCUCAGCGGAGGCGCACCCGCAAGUUUCACCCGCACAAACAGUACAAAAUGUUCAGAAGUUCUUGGAAAGUAAUGUUACAUCGGGGCUCUUUACAACUACAGCUGGUGGAAAUGUAUCCACAUCCAGCACCACGGGUGCUGGAAUUUUUUCACAGAUAAAUGGACUCAAUGGAAAUCGUACUGCUGCCAUAGAGACAAAUUUUAUGUCUGCUGGGCCACUUGCCAUUCAAUGCGAUGGUUCUAAUGCAUCUGAACAAAUACUCUGCAACAAUGCAUCACCCUCAUCAACAAGUAGAUCGCCAUUGUCUCAGGAUGUGAUUCUCAAUUCCCAAUCCGUCGUGACGCUGUCCGAGGUGAAUGGGAUGAAUGUGCUGUCGUCGCCAUCCCUUACAUCGCAAACGACACAGAGUGAUCAUACAAUGUCACCCGAUAUUAUCAUGAAUCCCACCGUAUCCCCAACAAUGCUCUGUUCUGCCAGUACUGGAGCACAUUCUCCAAUGCUCGAAGCACCUGUUCCCCUAUUGACGAUUCCACAAACAGCAUCGGAGACAAUGAUGAAUUCAAUGAUAUCUCCAAUACUUGCAAGCCCACAGGCAGAUCAUAAAACAACCCAAGCAGCCGCAACGACUGCCCCAAAUACGGUACACAAUAUGAUUCUGAAUGAGAUUCUCACGAGUCAACAGAAUACAAUUACCACCGAAUCCAUGGAGGCUCUUAUUUCAUUCAAUUCCGCCACACCGAUGCUCCAAGAGACUACACCCGUAUCAGCUUCACACAUGAUUCUCACACCACAGGCUCAGGGUGCUAAUGAUACGGACACGACCAUGCAGCAGCAGCAGCAACAGCAACAGCAGCAACAACAGCAGCAAAUUGCGCAAAAUGGAUCGAUGUUCUCCGAAGCGGCAGCAGCUGCUCAUGCUGCGGCAAUUAUGGGUGGAGAUUCGGCUAUGGCGUCCGUCACCACAACAGCAUCUGCAACAAAUAUUCUCAAUGCGAAUGUUGUGGACAACAUCAUUGCACCGGGACACCUAAUGAGUAGUCGUGUAGUCGGUGCGAAUGGAGACCUCCAUGUACAAAGGGUGCAAAAUGAAAUGACAACACUUAAUGAUAUGGGGAGACGCCCAGAAAAUAUGAUGCAAACACAAAAUUUAGCGCAAAAUGAAAUAUCGAAUGCACCACCAAAAGUCGAUAUGGCCAUGGGGCAAAGUAACAUUGCAGAUCCAACGACACAUCAACAACCAACAACAGGGACUACAACAAUACCUCAAGAAAUUGCAACAAUGUCUGAUCAUGAUUUAAUAAGUUACAUUAAUCCUAGCUGCUUCGAUCAAGAAUUUCAGUGAGUCUUUUGAAUACAGACCUUUUCUUUUUGCUUGUUGUGGACAUGAACAGAAGUCCUCUUUCAUGUGCAAAUUAUUUUAAAUCUUCUUUAAUCUCUGCUACUACAGAUUCACAUUAAGCUAUAAUAUCUUUUUCUUUUUCUUUUUGCGUUUCCCAACAUCUUCAAAAAAAAAAAAAGUUGAGAAUUGAACAAUGGACUGUGACAGUCGUUUGAUAUGGAGACGCAAAUUUUUUAAAACUGGUUUCUCAGCAUCAUUUUUGACGUGUGUAUAUCAUAAAAAUAUAUAUUAUGUAUAUGUAUAAAUUAUGUGCGAUGUACCAUUUCCCCCUGGAACGUGUACAUCAAAUCAUAUAUUUGGAAAAAGUAAAAAAAGUAAAUAAUAUAUAGUAACGUUAA